AAGUUGAGUAAAGCUCCACAGAUAUACUAUUCUUCGUGAUUGAGUGAGAGAGAAACUAAGCAACACUAGAAAGCUGCUCCUCCUCGUCAACAAUGGCAGUUCUCAACUAUCUCUGCGUGAAUUCUGCAGCGACUCCUAUCCCUCAAGACUCAACAGCACCUCCACCAAACCCUAAACAGACCCGAGUGGUCCUCCCCAAGAAAAAGCCUCUCAAGUGGUCGACUGGAGUUUCUCCGGGUGAGUACGGAGGUCCACCGACGACAACGAAGCUCCGCAAGUAUUGGGGAGGCGACGACGAAGACCCUCUCGAAUCGGAUGAUUUUAUCUGGAACAAAGAGUUCAUGGGUCGAAUGAAGAGACUGUUUGAUGAGCCGGACUCGUCCUCGCUUCAAUCCACUCCUGCCCAGGAAGAGUCCUCUGGUUUUCUAAGCCUUAACAGAGCUAUGAGCCUUGACAGUGUUGAUAUUGAUCUGAGCAAAGAACUUGCAGCGCCUUCCAAGCAUGUUUUACAAAAGCAAGUUGAGGCUGCAAGACAAGGCCUUUCGGUAGCUCAAAGCAAUGGCAGUGCUUCACCCAGGUGGAGAUUGGCUCCGACCAGACGUGAGCAAGAAAAGUGGGAUAGGGCAAGUAAGGCUGCAACAGGAGGCAGUGAGGUGAUGUUUCGUGAGCUGAGGCGCCCUCGAGGAGACCCAAAAGUGAUAGCUGCUCAGUCAAGGGAACAGUAUUUCAAGUUGAAGAAGAAGUUGCAAAUCCUUACUUUGGGUAUAGGUGGCGUUGGAGUAGUAUCGACGUAUUUUUCUUAUUCUCCAGAAGUUACGGCUAGCUUUAGUGCAGGACUGCUUGGUUCUUUGGUCUAUAUACGCAUGCUUGGGAGCAGUAUUGACUCUAUGGCAGAUGGAGCCAAGGGGGUUAUCAAGGGAGCAAUUGCACAGCCAAGACUAUUGGUUCCUGUGGCACUGGUCAUGAUCUAUAACCGGUGGAAUGGCCUCCUCGUGCCAGAAUAUGGGUUGAUGCACCUAGAUUUGAUACCAAUGCUUGUGGGAUUUUUUACAUACAAGAUUGCUACUUUUAUUCAAGCUAUUGAGGAGGCCUUGAGGCCCUUGACAAUAGUUGAAAAGAAGACCCAAGUCUGAGACUACAUUUAUUUUCCAGACUACUAUGGAAUGCAGCUUGAAAAGCUAGUCAUAGUAAUUCUAGAUUGUCAUUUUCCCACACUGUAAGAACUGAAGAGUAAUGGUGUCUCCGGUUUGCCAUAAACUUGGUAAUGUGAAAUACAUGGUAACUAUUAACAUUUCUGGUGUUGACCACCAAGAUUAUGCUUUGUUAUUGGAAGGAAUUGGAAUUUGAUCUUGAGGAAACAAAUACAGAUAUCAUUUUACCCCA